AUGGCGCGCGACACUGGCCGGGGGUCGCUCGUGCGGGCGCUGCUCGCGCUGCUGCUGUGGUUCGCGGCUGGGACGGUGGCCGCGGGGCGGGUCCGCGAGGUCGUUAUGCCAGGGGCGGAUGCGGCGUUCGGCUUGGGGGCGGCCGCUGCUCCCACCUCGGCUGCGCAGGUGCCCGCUGCAGGGGCUGUGGCCGCGUCCGAGGUUACAGUGGAGGACGCCGAGGUGCUGCCAGCGACCACAGGCGAGCCGGAGUCUCGGGGGCCGGAGCCCGAAGUGGAGGCGGCGCUCCGACCGCGCGGCAGGUCUUUAGUUAUUAUCAGCACUUUAGACGGACGAAUUGCUGCUUUGGAUCCUGAGAACCAUGGUAAAAAGCAGUGGGAUUUGGAUGUGGGCUCUGGUUCCUUGGUUUCCUCCAGCCUUAGCAAACCAGAGGUAUUUGGGAAUAAGAUGAUCAUUCCUUCCUUGGAUGGAGACCUGUUCCAGUGGGACCGCGACCGGGAAAGCAUGGAAACAGUUCCCUUCACGGUGGAAUCACUUCUUGAGUCUUCUUUUAAAUAUGGUGAUGACAUUGUUUUGGCUGGAGGGAAGUCUUUCACUACCUAUGGCCUCAGUGCAUACAGUGGGAAGGUGAGGUACAUUUGUUCUGCUUUGGGUUGUCGUCGCUGGGACAAUGAUGAAAUGGAACAAGAAGACAUCCUGCUCCUGCAGCGCACCCAGAAGACUGUUAGAGCCGUGGGACCUCGUAGUGGCAACGAGAAGUGGAAUUUCAGUGUUGGCCACUUUGAACUGCGGUACAUUCCAGAUAUGGAAACUAGAGCUGGGUUUAUUGAAAGCACCUUUAAACCCAGUGAGAACAAAGAAGAAGCUAAAAUAAUUUCAGAUGUGGAAGAAGAGGAAGCGGCCAUAAUUGACACAGUGAUUAAAGUCUCUGUUGCUGACUGGAAGGUUAUGGCGUUUAGUAAGAAUGAUGGAAACCUGGAAUGGGAAUAUCAGUUUUGUACUCCAAUUGCAUCUGCCUGGUUGGUUAAGGAUGAUAAAGUCAUUCCAAUCAGUAUUUUUGAUGAUACAAGUUAUGUCUCUAAUAAUAAAGUCUUGGAAGAUGAAGAAGACCUCGUGGAAGCUGCCCGGGGAGCCACAGAAAGCAGUGUUUACUUGGGAAUGUACAGAGGCCAGCUCUAUCUGCAGUCAUCAGUCAGGAUUUCAGAAAAGUUUCCUACAAAUCCCAAGGCAUUGGAAUCUGUCAAUAAUGAAAAUGCAAUUGUUCCUUUGCCAACAAUCAAAUGGAAACCCUUAAUUCACUCUCCUUCCAGAACUCCUGUAUUGGUGGGAUCUGAUGAAUUUGACAAGUGUCUCAGUAAUGAUAAGUUUUCUCACGAAGAAUACAGUAAUGGUGCUCUUUCAAUCUUACAGUAUCCAUAUGAUAAUGGUUAUUAUCUACCUUACUACAAGAGGGAGCGGAGCAAGCGGAGCACACAGGUCACUGUUCGGUUUCUGGACAACCUGCCUUACAACAAGAAUAUUCGCAAAAAGGAUCCUGUCCUCCUCCUGCACUGGUGGAAGGAAAUAGUCGCAACUAUCCUGUUUUGUAUCAUAGCCACAACUUUUAUUGUGCGCAGACUCUUCCAUCCUCAUCCCCACAGACAAAGAAAGGAAUCAGAAACUCAGUGCCAGACGGAAUGUAAAUAUGAUUCUGUGAGUGGCGACACCAGUGACAGCAGCUGGAAUGACAUAAAAAAUUCUGGAUAUAUAUCACGUUAUCUGACUGAUUUUGAACCAGUUCAGUGUCUUGGUCGUGGCGGGUUUGGAGUUGUCUUUGAAGCUAGAAACAAAGUGGAUGAUUGCAAUUAUGCUAUAAAAAGGAUUCGUCUACCCAAUAGAGAAUUGGCUCGGGAAAAAGUAAUGAGAGAAGUUAAAGCUUUAGCCAAGCUGGAACACCCAGGAAUUGUUAGGUAUUUCAAUGCCUGGUUGGAAACACCACCAGAGAAAUGGCAAGAAAAGAUGGAUGAAAUCUGGCUGAAAGAUGAAAGCACAGAUUGGCCCCUUAGCUCUCCGAGCCCGAUGGAUGUACCAUCCGUGAAAAUACGCCAGAUGGACCCAUUCUCUACAAAAGAACGUAUUGAAAUCAUAGCUCAUUCUCCACGAAGAAGUAGAUCUUUCUCAGUAGGGAUUUCCUGUGGCCAGACAAGUUCAUCCAGCAGUCAGCUCACACCUCUGGACUUGUCGGGUGCUGACCGAGCAUACAACCUACAGGACAGUUGCCUAACAGACUGUGAAGUGGAAGAUGGGACACUAGACGGCUAUGAAGAGGAGCAUUCCUUCCAGCCCCUUCCUUCUGAAGCCUCUUCUAUCAGGUCACGGGAGAGGACUUCCUCUUCUAUAGUAUUUGAGGAUUCAGGCUGUGAUAAUGCCUUCAGGAAAGAAGAGCUUAAAACAGACCGGCUGCGAAUUGGCAACUGUGCUAAUAAACUAACUGACUUCAAGCAUUCCAGUAGCACAUCUUCUGAACCAACUUUGUCGAUUUCUCCUCCUAGACCAACCACUUUAAGUUUAGAUCUCACAAGAACCACUGCUGAAAAACUACAGCCCAGUUCACCAAAGGUCUAUCUGUACAUCCAGAUGCAGCUAUGCAGGAAAGAGAACCUCAAGGACUGGAUGAACGGGCGCUGCACCAUUGAGGACAGGGAGAGGACCAUGUGUCUGCACAUCUUCCUGCAGAUUGCAGAGGCCGUGGAGUUUUUGCACAGCAAGGGGCUUAUGCACAGGGACCUGAAGCCUUCCAAUAUAUUCUUUACAAUGGAUGAUGUGGUAAAGGUUGGGGACUUUGGCCUAGUGACUGCAAUGGACCAAGAUGAAGAAGAGCAAGCGGCCCUGACUCCAAUGCCAGUCUAUGCCAGGCACACAGGACAAGUGGGGACCAAGCUUUACAUGAGUCCAGAGCAGAUCAAUGGAAAUAGCUACUCUCACAAAGUGGACAUCUUCUCUUUAGGCCUGAUACUGUUUGAACUGCUGUACCCAUUUAGCACUCAAAUGGAGAGGGUCAGAACUUUAAGUGAUGUGAGAAAUCUCAAAUUUCCACAACUGUUUACUCAAAAAUAUCCACAAGAGUAUGUGAUGGUUCAACACAUGCUCUCUCUGUCCCCUGUGGAACGUCCUGAAGCUACUGACAUUAUUGAAAAUGCUGUUUUUGAAGACUUAGAGCUUCCAGGGAAAACAGUGCUGAGACAGAGAUCUCGCUCCAUGAGCUCAUCAGGACCAAAGCAUUCCAGACACCCAAGUACCUCCCACAGCUCUUUGCCAAGCAGCUCGCCUUAG